AUGGCUGCGUUGUGCCGCGGAAAGUUUAAGUGCUCAUCUACAAGGCCAACCAGCUGGCGUGAGUUGACUACCCUAAUAGAUGAAUUCGACCACAGUAAGUCCAAGUGGGUUGAGCUCAAUGAUAAGGUGCAAGGCUUGAUCAAUGAUCCUGAAGAAGUCAAAAAAGGAGCCUACGAAGCCUACGGUUUUCUCAGUGAGUUACGCAAAACCCGCAUCGCUGCUGCAGAUGUCCUAGAAAGGUUAGGUAAUGAUAGACUUGUGAACUCUAAUAAUAAGGCUAGUGAGGGUAGUAUAGUUUCUGCAAGUGAGCCUAAUAGUGAAGCACUAAGUGUGAAAUUGCCUAAGUUUGAGCUAUUAAAAUUUGGCGGCAAAAUAACAGAGUGGAUGCCGUUUUGGAUCAGUUUAAGGCUAUUGUCGAUGAUAAGCCUAUGCCUCCUGUUAAUAAAAUUCAUGUACCUGCGCUCUGUGUUAGAGGGCGAGGCGAAGAGAGUUAUACAGGGUCUAGCUCAGACGGCAGCAAAUUAUAAAGCUGCUUGUGAACUGUUAGAAGAGAGGUAUGCUAAACCGAACAAGAUCAUUUCCGCCCACAUUCAGGACCUGAUGCAGAUUGCGAUGUCAAGGACACCGAAGUACGACAGUCAACUCUCGGCGUUGCGUAAGUUGAAAGAUGACGUAAUAGCCCACGUUCGCAGUUUAGCAGCUCUCGAGGUAGGAGGGGACCAAUAUGGGCGGGUAUUGGCGCCCAUGAUCCUGUCCCUGCUCCCUCACGAUGUCAGGCUGGAGUGGUCUCGCACUCUACAAGACGAAGGAGACCUGGAUGGGCUGCUGGAAUUCCUGCAACGAGAAGUAGAGGGGCGAGAAAGGGCCGAAGCCCUUAAGGGGCUGAACCACCGAAGGCUGAGGAUCCUGGCGUAG